CAUCUUCCUUCUCAUCCACAAAACAAUCACCAAAACAUGACUCUCACAAAAACCUCAUUAGUCUUUCUUCUUUGCCUCUUAAGUUUCUAUUCCGAAACCGUCAAGUCGCAGAACUGCGGCUGUUCCCCGGACCUAUGCUGUAGUCAGUACGGUUUUUGCGGUACGGGUAAUGACUUCUGUGGUCUCGGUUGCCAAUCAGGUCCUUGUACAACCCAAGCCGAAGAUCUUGGUACCAUUGUGUCACAAGCUUUCUUUGACGGUAUUAUCAACCGAGCCGCUAGUGACUGCGCCGGAAAAGGAUUCUACACACGUGACGCUUUCAUCAACGCUGCGAAUUCUUUCCCCAAUUUUGCCAAUUCCGUUACUAGGCUUGAAAUUGCAACUAUGUUUGCUCAUUUCACCCAGGAGGUCGGAUAUUUCUGCUACAUAGAAGAGAUAGACGGAGCGUCACAAAACUACUGCAACGACAAGGAAUACCCACAAUACCCAUGUGCACCGGGCAAAAACUACUACGGUCGUGGUCCGAUUCAACUAUCAUGGAACUACAACUACGCACCAUGUGGUCAGAGUCUCGGUCUCGACCUUCUAGGGCAGCCCGAGCUCGUAGGUAGCGAUCCAACUGUAGCUUUCAGGACAGCUUUGUGGUUUUGGGUGAAUAACGUAAGGCCGGUACUGAGCCAAGGAUUCGGAGCCACCAUAAGAGCAAUCAAUGGAAGAGUAGAAUGUGACGGUGCGAGUCCAGAUAAGGUUAACUUAAGGAUUAGUUACUAUAGAGACUAUUGUGGGCAGCUUGGUGUGGACCCUGGUUCUAACCUUAGCUGCUAAGAAGCUCUUUAAAGACUACUGUUGGACGGUCGUGUCUAUGUUGAAAUAAUAUGUAAUAAAAUAAAAUUUCAUGCAUGUUUGGGUCAGUGUUCCAUGCUUCAUAAGCAAAAGGAUUGUUGCAAUGAUCAUGUAAAAGUUAAUUCAAAUUUAUAAAUGUCCUGAGUUGCAAAAAGAAAA